GUUCAUUAAAGGAAAGUCGCGAAAAAAAAUAUUUUAAAUUAAAUUAAAAAAAAAUAAAUAAAAAUAGCCGAGUCCGUGUUAAAAGAGAGAAAAAAAAGAGUAGGAAGAAGAUUAGAUAAACAAAUAGGAAACCGUCGAAAAUGCAUCAAAGAUGGCUUUUGUUGUAAUUUUUGUCACUAACGUGGCUUGUGAUAUCAACUUUUUGAACAUAUCUCGCAACAAGUAGACCAAAAAAUCAUGGAUUUCAGUUCCUGUUCCCAUCAUUCGGUCAAUGAUGCGUCGCACGAAUCCAAUUUGAAGCGAAUUACGAACGCCCGGAAGCGUUGGCGCAUCUUAGCACGUGUCUUGCGUCGUAACAGUCUCGAAAGUGUCAAUUCCUCGACCUCCUCCAUCGAUGUGUUGAGCUCUUCUGACACGAAUCCCAGCGGAAAUUCAAGUCCUCAGACGUCGCUCGAAGAUUCCGUUGACGAAUCUCCGCUCAGCGUUCGUACUUUUGACGGAUUUAAUUUGGUGCAACAAUCUCCGCUGCCCUACCAGACCUCCGUUCAACUGCUUGGCAACGCCGAUGAAGAUUGGUUCUCGUAUCGCAUGAAAAUCGACGACGCAUCCUUCGACAUCAACAUUCAUCACAUCAAUCGUCUUUGGACGGCGCAGGAUCUCAUCGGGUUCAAUAACACGGGAAACAUUUGCGUUUGGCCCAGCGAGGAAACGCUCGCUAUUUACGUGCUCGAGCACCUUUUGGAGUACAAAAAUUCGUGGGUCCUCGAGUUGGGCGGCGGCAUGACGUCACUUGCGGGUCUCAUGAUCGCCAAAUACGGGAAUCCCUAUUUGGUACAUUUGACAGAUGGGAACGCCUUGUCCGUGGAAAAUGUCAAGCGAUCGUUGCGGCUGAACGAUUUUGGGUGUUUUACGAAGGCCAGCGUGUUGAAAUGGGAGAAAAAUCGACAAGAAGCCGAACGAGAGAUGUAUUCGGUGAUUUUGUGUGCCGAUUGUUUGUUUUUUGACGAGUCGCGGGAAGCCUUGGUUGAUACAAUUGAAUAUUAUCUUGCACCGACGAAGGAUGCAAAAGCCUUGGUGAUGGCUCCGAAGCGGGGACAAACGCUGGAAUUGUUUAUUGAACAAGCGAAAAGACGGGAACUUAAUUGUAAAAUAGUAGAAAAUUAUUGUGACAGCAUCUGGCGAAAGCAUCUCGACUUGAAAAAUGGCUCGCACGACUAUAACGAAGAUAUUCACUAUCCAUUGUUGAUAAUUCUAGACAAAAAUCAAAAGAAAAUUCCAUAAUUCCAAUCAAAUUUAAGAUUA